UAAAUGAAAUGUGUCCAAGUAUAUUGAUUUACUUGAAACUCUGGGCCCGGGGUUAUACCAGUGAGCACCACGGAUCGAUCCUCUUCCUUCUUCCUCUUUCUUCACACUGCUGCGCAUGUGCAUUAGAGUGAAAAGCAGAACUCUACCUAAAAAGUCACUAUUUCAUUCUACUGUGCAUGAGUCUGCCCCAGGAAAUGUGAAGAAAGAUCUCUCUGUGGUGCUCGCUGGAAUAACUCUGGGCCGGUGCAGUUUUCUGCUGAUAGGAGCACUGGCACAGGGUUUCAGCCAUCCUGCCCUAGUGCACCUUAAUAUAUAAUCCAUGCAGAUUUUGGCACAUACCAGGCACUGUCAGCCGAUUUUGCAAGCGACAGAAGGGCAAGGAUCAGCUCAGAAGGCCACAGUUACUACCUCACGUGAACUGCAAAGGGAACGCGUUUACAAAAUGUCUGAGAGCCGAAGACGUUUGAGAGAUCUGUGACAUCACCUCACCUCUUCACCCGGCUUCGGAACGUAGCCUAUGUUCUGUCUCUCUGCCUGCCAACCAUGCCUGUGAUUUAUAGAAGCUAUUAUUUAGCCUCAGAAUAAGUGGAGCAAAACCCUCUUUUGAACAGACAUAGUGUACCGUUUUCAUGGAGACUAAAGGAAACCGUUAUGACUUCUACAUUGGGCUGGUUCUAGCUCUUUCCUCCAGCCUUUUCAUUGGGAGCAGCUUUAUUCUAAAAAAGAAGGGUCUCCUCAAAUUCUGCAGUCAAGGGCAGCUCAGGGCAGGGCAAGGGGGGCAUGCUUACCUCAAGGAAUGGCUGUGGUGGGCAGGUCUCUUGUCCAUGGGACUGGGCGAAGCUGCUAACUUUGCUGCAUAUAUAUUUGCGCCUGCCACACUGGUGACUCCCCUGGGAGGAUUGAGUGUCUUGGUGAGUGCGGUCCUUUCAUCUUAUUUUCUGAAUGAGUAUUUAACCUCUCCCGCUAAGACUGGGUGUGCUCUCAGUAUUUUGGGUUCCACUAUUAUGGUUCUCCAUGCUCCUCAGGAGGAAGAGGUAUCAACACUGAGUAACAUGGAAGUAAAACUGAAACAGCCAGAAUUUCUGGCCUUUGUUUCCUGCGUGCUCCUGUUUUCUCUCUUGCUUGCCCUGCUGGCUGCCCCCCGCUGGGGUCACAGUUAUGUGCUGGUAUAUGUACUCAUCUGUUCCCUUGUGGGAUCCCUUUCAGUGGCAUGUGUAAAGGGGCUAGGUAUAGCCAUCCGUGGUCUAUUCUCUGGACUGCCAGUGUAUAAGGAUCCACUUGGAUGGGUGUUAUUACUGUGCCUGUGCAUCUGCAUCAGUGUCCAAAUCCACUAUCUAAACAGAGCCCUGGAUGUAUUUACAGCCUCUCUGGUGAUGCCAAUCUAUUACGUGCUGUUCACAUCCUCUGUUCUUGCCUGUUCUGCGAUCCUGUUCCAAGAGUGGAGACACCUGAGUGCUAGCAGUGUGGUGGGGACAGUCAGCGGCUUUGUUACCAUUGUAUUGGGUGUAUUCUUGCUGCAUGCUUACCGCGAUCUACCCCUGCCCCUUGCACUGCUACCUUUAUACCUCAGGGAUGGGGGGAAAAGAGACAAGUUGGAGUGGCAGGAGGUCUCGCCCAUCCGUGAUGAGAUUGAAUAAAGUACUAUUGCUAUUUCAA